GUGGAAUAAUUGGCUCGCCAGAAUAUGUAUUUACCGAAAGACAGCACAGAGACGUUUCGUUAAAUCUGCGUCACGAUCAACAAAACGUUUUACAGAUGCUAAGCAUUUGGCUGCGUCACCAUGUUUCACGGAAUUCCGGUCAGCGCAGGUAUGGGCGGAGUCCCUGCCAAUAAACCUGAACUCUAUGAAGAAGUGAAGCUGUACAAAAAUGCAAGAGAAAGGGAAAAGUAUGAUAACAUGGCUGAGUUAUUUGCUGUGGUGAAGACCCUGCAGGCGCUGGAGAAAGCUUACAUCAAAGACUGCGUGACGCCCAAUGAGUACACUGGGGCCUGCUCCAGGCUGCUGGUUCAGUAUAAAGCUGCUUUCAAACAGGUCCAGGGAUCCGACGUGGGCUCUAUCGAUGACUUCUGCCGAAAGUACAGACUUGACUGUCCUCUUGCCAUGGAGAGGAUCAAAGAGGAUCGACCAAUCACCAUCAAGGAUGACAAAGGCAACCUGAACCGAUGCAUCGCUGACAUUGUUUCUCUUUUCAUCACAGUUAUGGAUAAGCUGCGUCUGGAGAUCAGGGCUAUGGAUGAGAUCCAGCCGGACCUCAGGGAGCUGAUGGAGACGAUGAACAGGAUGAGCAACAUGCCCCCAGAGUGUGAGGCCAAGGACAAAGUCAGUCUGUGGUUAUCCACUCUCAGCACUAUGUCAGCCUCUGAUGAGCUGGAUGACUCUCAGGUUCGGCAGAUGCUGUUUGAUCUGGAGUCUGCGUAUAAUGCAUUUAACCGCUUCCUGCACGCCUCCUGAAAGUCUGGAGGUCCUCCUCUUCUGCACAUUUCUCCUGU